CCAUUUCCAUUUCCAAUUACCAGCCUGCGAUGGAUCAAAAAUCCGACAAGAGAGAGAGGCCGUCACUGCCGCUGCCUCCCUACCGCGCGACACUCCACUCGGUGCAAAGGCCUCCUGGGAAGGCGCCGCACAAGAAGCCCGACCAAUCGCCGGCGCCAAAGGUGUACCGGGUGGAUCCCAGGGGAUUCCGGGAACUUGUCCAGCAGCUGACUGGCGCCACUCGCCCGGUGACCCCACCGCCACUCAAGAGGCCGCUGAGGGGCACUGCUCCGCCUCCUCUUGAAUUGGCAGCUCCGGUGAUUUCAGGUAGCGCCGAUGAGUCUCCCACAGGAUUCUUGAAAGAGCUUCUGUCUCCAUCUUUGUUUUCGAGCUGGUAUUCCUUUCCACUCUUCAGCCCCCCUGUCCACGUUGGCAGCAUGGAGAAAUAGUUGGGUACUCAUCGGAACACUAACUCUGUGAUUGUGGACCAAUAAUUCCACUUGAGUACUUUUUAAAAAACUAUAAAAAACAUAGUCUAUGCAUAAAACUCUCGCUAUGCGGUAUUAUCUUACUUUUUAUAAGAUAUUGUCCCAGAAACUUUUUUGAAAAUAUACCCUGAGGAUUUGUUUUUAGUUUCAGUUACUCAUGGGAUCAAUUCAAUUGCUAAUUUCAGCAUAGACGAAUCAAUUUGUGUUCAUGUUAUGAAAUAAUAAAAAACAUAUCUUUUGCUCAAAA